ACUGCUAUCUGGUCCACGUUUAAUUUUGGGGGUUUUCUUCAUAAAAUUGUAGCUUCGUGCAGUGAUAUGAUGCAAGAGAUAAUUUUACUUCUUAUUUUUGUUGGUAUUAAAUCUAAUGAAAUCAUCGAUGAUGGUGGCUGGGCAACAGAGAAGGAACUGCUCCUAGCACAACCUGGACCAUGUAGUAUCGACAUAAGAGAAGCCAGCUCGCUUACUCAGCAAGAAUUUGUAGAUAAAUAUGCUUAUAAGAUGCCUGUUGUCAUCAGAGGUGCUUCAGAUAAUACCAAAUUUCAAGAUAUGUGCAGAAAAAAGUCAAUGCUUUCCAAGUAUGGAUCAAAGAAAAUCCGACUGAGUUCUGCAAAUACGUAUUCUUAUACAAAGAAAACCCUGUAUUGGUUUGGUGACAACAAUCACACAGAAUUUGCAGAGCUCUUUAAUGUGUACAAGCCACCACCUUACCGCGUGCCUGGUAUGACGGGGGUCUACAGCUUUGGACUAGCUGGAGCUGGCACAGGUGUUCCUUUUCACUUCCAUGGACCAGGUUUUGGAGAAGUUGUUUUUGGCAGAAAAAGAUGGUUUAUGUAUCCCCCAAACGAUGAGCCGCACUUUGACCCAAAUCGAACCACAUUACACUGGAUGGUGGAGGAGUAUCCGAAACUUGACCACUGGAGAUUACCACUGGAGUGUACAAUUAAACAAGGGGAGAUUAUUUACUUUCCUGAUCGAUGGUGGCAUGGAACUCUGAAUAUUGACACCAGUGUUUUCAUAUCAACAUUUUUAGCUACUGUGUAAUUUAGCUAUAUUAUUUACACAUUCCAGUUAUCAUAAUAUUGUUAUCUUUUCGGUUUGUUAUUUUUUAAUUUUUUAAGACAACGAUCUUUACAUAUAUGUACUUUCUAUGUUUAAGACUCAUUUAUUUUAUUUUUCAGAUUAUUUUUUUAAAACUCAUUUACUGUCUCUUUGCAGCCCAGAUUAAUGUUCUUCAAGUUUGAAAAGUAAACAAAUGAUGAUGGUGAUGGGGUUUUUGAAAAAAUCUCUCUCGGGAAUUAAAAGUGCUCAUAAAUAUUUAUCAUGCUGUUGCCAAAACAUUGAUAAAUACCUUCGAUCGAAAGAUAUCUGUAUAAAUUUUAUCUUUGUUACAAUCAAUAUUAUUUUGUUAUUGUAGUAAAUUAUUUUUUAUUUACUGCGUAUUAGUGCUUCAAACUUUAAAAAAAAAUUGUAUUUACAAUUCUC